AUGUUGCGGUGGUAUCAAGCCAGACUGGCCAGACGGCCUUUGUUGACUCAAGCCGUCACCACUGCCGUACUCUUCGGCGCCGGUGAUACCCUGGCUCAGCAAGCAGUUGAAAAGAAAGGAUUCAGCAACCAUGAUGUGACACGAACAGGUCGCAUGGUGCUCUAUGGAGGGUGUAUAUUUGGACCAGCAGCCACCAAGUGGUACCAAAUUUUGCAAAAGCACAUCAACUUCCAGUCUCACAACCUCACCAUUGCUGCCAGAGUAGCGGCAGAUCAGCUCAUAUUUUCGACCUGUCACCUUGCAUUGUUCCUGUCCAGCAUGUCGUUCCUCGAAGGCAGUGACCCAAAGAAGAAACUCGAGAAGAGUUACUGGUCAGGGUUGAAGGCAAACUGGGCCGUAUGGCCUGCUGUCCAGGCGGUCAACUUCAAGUUGGUUCCAUUGGAGCAUCGAGUCUUGGUUGUCAACAUAGUCAGUUUGGGCUGGAACUGUUUCCUUAGUUGGCUCAAUAGUUCGAAAUGA